UGACCAGGGUGUGACCAGGAAGAAAGAACAGGCGACAUUGACCUGAUUUCGAACAGCUUUUUUCUUUGGACAUCUUCCGUUCAUCAUCAGCAUCACCUUGAUGAUUAUGUUCAACCUUCUGGAUUCAUCGCUUUAGAGUCGUUUUACUUGAAUUUCUUUAUUUAAUAACUAGUCCAAUGUCAUUUGGAUGGACUAUGAAAAAUAUAUAUAAAGGAGUGAGUAGAGGUGCACAGACAAGAUCAGUUUUCAACUAUCUAUCUUCAAGAUGAAAGUUCUUAUCAUUCUUCCAUUGUUGUUUGUCGCUUGUCUGUCCGCUAAUGUGGCCGUAAAUCUAGGAGGAGGAGGCUAUAACUUCAAUUAUAACACAGGUGAUGCUGGUGGUCACGCCCGAUCCGAAGCCGGUAGUGCUGAUGGCUCCGUUUCUGGAUCAUACAGCUACAUGGAUCCUAAUGGUCAUUUGAGACAAGUGAACUACAGAGCAGGACCAGGAAUCGGUUUCCAAGCCACAGGUGAUACAGGUGUCGAUAAGAACACCUUAGCUGCUGCAGCUGCCAUUGCAGCUCAAGCACCAAAAGCUCCCGCACCCGUUUCACCAUGGGGUGCACCUUUCUACGGACAUUACGGGGGAUGGAAUGGUAGAUGGUGAGAUUCUCAUCCAAAAAUUUUCAAAAAAAUUUUUUUAAUUACAAUUUUAGCAUAAUUGCUGUAUCGCUUGCUCAUUUUGCAAA